CGAGACUCCGUGAGUGCUCUCCCACCAGCGGAGUGGAAAUAAACUUUCCGGGCUAAGUUAGAUGGAUGGUCCCCAUUAGCCUGGCGGGCUGCCCCCCUCCUGCCUCCCCACCGACUCCCCUUGUCAAAGGAGGUGCUUCGGUGUGCGGGGCAGGCUGGCAGGGGCAAGAGCAUUCGGGUGGGGGUUGGAGGCGCCCCGCCCCUCGAGCAGGAAUGGUGCCCCCGGGGAAGAAACCAGCCGGAGAGGCUUCCAACUCCAAUAAGAAGUGCAAGCGUUACUUCAACGAGCACUGGAAAGAGGAGUUCACCUGGCUGGACUUUGACUACGAGCGGAAGCUGAUGUUUUGCCUCGAGUGCCGCCAGGCCCUGGUGCGGAACAAGCACGGCAAAGCGGAGAACGCCUUCGCCGUGGGCACCGACAACUUCCAGCGCCAUGCCCUGCUGCGCCACGUGACCUCGGGGGCCCACCGCCAGGCUCUGGCCGUCAACCGGGGCCGGCCCACUUUUGAGGGCCAGGCUGAGGGUGGAGGGACCUGUCCGGGCCUGGCAACCACCGCCAGCUUCAGGGGUGUCAAGGUGGAAGCGAACGCGGCCAAGGUGGCCGUGCUGACCACGGUGUACUGCAUGGCCAAGGAGGACGUGCCUGAUGACCGCUGCUCUGCCCUGCUCGAGCUGCAGAGGUUCAACCUGUGUCAGGCGCUGCUGGGCAUGGAGCACGGCGAUUAUUACAGUCCCAGGAGGGUGAGGGACAUGCAGGUGGCCAUUGCCAGUGUCUUGCACACAGAGGCCUGCCAACGCCUGAAGGCAUCCCCGUAUGUGGGCCUGGUGUUGGACGAGACCCGGGACUGGCCUGAGUCCCACAAUCUGGCCUUGUUUGCCACUUCGGUGUCCCCCAGCGAUGGCCAGCCUGCCACCACCUUCCUGGGCAGUGUGGAGCUACAGGAAGGCGAGGCCACCGCUGGCCAACUCCUGGACAUUCUGCAGGCUUUCGGCGUGUCUGCAUCCAAGCUGGCCUGGCUCAGCUCAAGCCUCCCCAGUGACCGCCUGGGGAGCGUGGGCCCGCAGCUCCAGGCCGCCUGCCCACUGCUCAUGGAGCUACACUGCCUCCCCGGCCGGACAGAUCCCAAGCCCCCUGCCUACCUAGGUGAAUAUGAAAGUGUGCUGGAUGCCCUAUUCCGCCUCCACAGUGGCCCCAGUUCCCACGUGGUCCCUGAGCUCCGGGCGGCACUGGACCUCGCAGCUAUUGACUUGGCAGGACCACGGCCAGUGCCCUGGGCCUCCCUGCUGCCUGUGGUGGAAGCAGUGGCUGAGGCUUGGCCUUGCCUGGUGCCCACACUGGAGGCCUCUGCCCCAGCCUCACCUACAACCAGGGCACUGGCCCUCGCCCUGCGCCAGUUCACCUUUGUGGCCUUCACCCACCUCCUGCUCGAUGCUCUGCCAUCCGUGCAGAAGCUCGCCCUUGUCCUGCAGCCAGAAGAGCCGGACUUGGCCUUGCUGCAGCCGCUGGUGACGGCAGCUGCAGCCUCCCUCCAAGCGCAGCGCAGCUCAGGUGGGGUGCGUCUCCAGGGCUUCCUGCAGGAACUGGCAACCUCCAGCCCUGACUUGGGCCGUGGCCGCUGCACCUACCGCGGUGUGGAGCUGGUGGGCUACUCUGAGGCUGCGGUCCAGGGCUUGGAACGGCUGCGGGGUGCCUUCCUGGACUCCAUGCGGAGGGGGCUGAGGGACUCCUACCCCGGGCCCUCGCUGGACGCCGUGGCCGCCUUGGCGGCGAUCUUCGACCCCCGCCGCUACCCGCAGGCACCCGAGGAGCUGGGCGCGCACGGCGAGGGGGCGCUGCGCGUCCUGUUGCGCGCCUUCGCCCCCGCCGUGGUGCGCCAGCGGGCGCUGGGCGACUUCGCGCUCUUCAAGCGCGUGGUGUGCAGCCUGGGGCGGCUGGGCCCGCGGGCCCUGUGCGCCAAGCUGGCGUGCGCGCGCUCCGAACUGCACGAGCUCUUCCCCGACUUCGCCGCCCUCGCCUCCCUGGCCUUGGCGCUGCCCGCGGGCGCCGGCCUCCUGGACAAGGUCGGCCGCAGCCGGGAGCUGCGAUGGUGGGGGCCGGGCGGGGCGGGGGAAGGCCGGGGUGGCCCCGCGGUGAAGAUCGCGGUGGAUGGGCCGCCGCUGCACGAGUUUGACUUUGCGCUGGCGGUGGAGUUCCUAGAGAGUGGGUGGGGCGAGGGGCUCCUGGGCUCGCAGCUCACGUGAGGGCGGCCUCCUCUCCUCUGUCCAGCCAGCCCGGGGCCCUAGGCUCUCUAAGGGCCAAGCCGGACUUGACUGUGCUGCACCCAAGCUGACCUCCUAGCUGUGGCCUCCCACCCACCUUCCCCGUGCUUCCUCUGCUCCACGCUGAGUACUAACCCGGCCCCGUGGGCUGUGGAGGAGGGGCUGGAUCGGGGCGGGGGGCGGGGCUCGGGCCAAUGGGCAGAGGUGCUAGGGUCUGGGGCACCCUAAAUAUCACUCCUGACCUUUCCAGAGUUUGGUGAGAGUAGCUCACCCCUUUCCCUCUGAACUCAGCCCAAGUUUUGGUUCUAGAAAAGUUGAGGGGCUAUUGGCUGGAGGGAGGAAGACCGGGUCUGCGCAAUUCAGGGGUUGAAGGAGAGGAGACUGGGUCCUUGACUGUUGGCCCCCACUUCUAGCAACAUCUCUUCAGAUGUGACUGGAGAGCAGAUGACCACCCUUGUUUUUGACACACAGCACAGCACCCUCUCUGUGCACAAGCUAACAGUUCAAGGGAAGUGGUGGUGCCCUCCUCACCAGUAGGCUGCCUGAGGCUUUUCUGUAUAUGGCUGUGUAUAUCCAUAUAGACAUCUAUAAAUGUAAAAUAAAUCUAUCCUAUCUUUUACAGUGUUAAUACACGAAAUCUAAAAGGACUUCUUUUCGUUUUGUAAUGACAGGAUCCAAAAGAGUCCCAGGUGGACUAAAUUUAUUUCUAAUUUUUUUCUUCCUUAAAGUCUGGUUGCUCUCUAAGU